AGCCACAGUUACGCUUCCUUCAAUAUAAAAGCAGAACGUUUUCCCAAAUUGAAGAUAUUUAGCACAGAUUACACACUGUGCUCAUUGUGUUUGUGUUUUAAAUACGCAUCAUUUUUCCGACAUAUAUAUUUCUUCUGAAUGGCUGUUUUACAUGUUUUAGAUCGUGGAGAAUGUAAGAUAACGGAGUAAAAGCUUUGGGAAAACACUGGGCUACAUGCUGUAAGAACUUCCUCCAUCACGUGAACAUCUGAAGCUUUUAUUUUGAAACGGUAACUCGGGACCCUCCUGCUUCAGUGUGAGCAGCCAUCCGGUCCUCGGUGUGACAGGCAGACCCCCUCCCAGUCUGCCAGUCUCCCAGUCUCCCUCCUCCCCAGCUGCCCAGCUGCUGCUCACUGGGACCUUUCAAAACCUCCCAAACCCGGAGCUCAGUGGACCACCGCACACACACCGAGGAAGAACAGUUUGAAGGUUCUUCUACCACAGGUAAAACAUGUUGAGGAGGAUUGUGUUGCUGUCAGCGUGUUUACACGCCAUCUCAGCAGCAUUUGAUUACAUCUACCAAGACCACUCGUUUAUGGACCCGGAGGAGGUUCUGAGUGUGAGCAUUCCCCUGGAGGAGCCACCGCGCUUGCUGCUGGGGGGCGCCGUGGUGCUGCCGUGUUACUUUGAGGACCUCACUGUGCCGGACCCCGGAGCUCCCACCGCCGCUCCCCUCGCUCACCGCAUCAAAUGGAGCCUCGUCGCCAAAGACAAGGUCACGACCGUCCUGGUGGCCUCGGAGGGGCGGGUGCGCGUCGGCGAGAGCUACCUGGACAGAGUUCACCUGGUGGGCUACCCGGAAACCUCCACGGACGCCAGCAUCCGGAUAUCCGAGCUGCGAUCCAGCGACGCGGGGGUCUACCGCUGCGAGGUGCAGCAUGGCAUCGAGGAUGGCCACGACGACGUGCACGUGCAGGUCCAAGGAAUGGUGUUCCACUACCGCGCCAUCAUGGGCCGCUACACUUUGACCUUCGAAAAAGCGGAGGCGGCGUGCGCCCAGAACAGCGCCGUGGUGGCUUCCCCCGAACAGCUUCAAGCGGCCUACGACGAUGGAUUCCACCAGUGUGACGCCGGCUGGCUCUCCGACCGCACCGUCAGGUACCCGAUCCACGAUCCUCGUGUGAACUGCUAUGGUGACAAAGAGGAACUGCCCGGGGUCCGGACCUACGGAGUGAGGGACCUCAAUGAGACUUAUGACGUCUACUGCUACGCUGAGAAGAUGACAGGCACAGUUUUCUACACCGCCUCUGCGGAGAAGUUCAGCUACUCGGAGGCAGCGGUGGCCUGCUCCAAUAAGGGAGCUCAGUUGGCCACUACUGGUCAGCUCUACCUGGCCUGGCAGGGGGGGAUGGAUGUCUGCAACGCCGGCUGGCUGGGGGACAGGAGCGUCCGCUACCCCAUCAACGUCCGCCGGCCGCAGUGCGGAGGGGGUCUGCUGGGUGUGCGAACUGUUUACCUCCACACAAACCAAACAGGGUAUCCAACCCAGGAGUCCCGCUACGAUGCCUUCUGCUACACAGAGUCCCUGGACGAGGAGGGUUCGGGCAUCGUGGAAGAGGGAAGCGGUGUGCUGAGUGUUACCACGGUGACGCGGAGCCCAGAGGUGCUCUUCAGGCCGACGACCACAGAGAGCGAGGCGGUCGGAGAGGUGGAGACUCAGCGGCCGACCGAUGUGGACUUCGCCUUCACAGAGAGUCCCACCGGGCCGCCGAACGUCACCGAGUUUGUCGUCGACGUGAUUGAACGAGCCACCGCUCGACCCGAUGUAGGGAGGGAGCUCGGCAGAGGCUCUGGGAUGCCUCCAAAGGGUGUAGUCUUUCAUUAUCGCUCAGGUUCCGGCCGAUACACCUUCACCUUCCUCGAGGCCCAGCUGGCCUGCCACAGUGCCGGCGCCUCCAUCGCCACGCCACAGCAGCUGCAGGCCGCAUACGAGGCGGGAUAUCACCAGUGCAAUGCAGGAUGGUUACUGGAUCAGACUGUGAGGUACCCCAUUGUUUUACCACAGGAGAAGUGUGCUGGAGAUCUGGGGGAUCAACCAGGAGUUCGAUCGUAUGGUUUGAGGCCAGCAGAAGAGAGAUAUGAUGUGUACUGCUACGUUGAUGAGCUCAAAGGUGAGGUUUUUCAUGUGAGCUCCGCCGAGGGUUUCACCUACGAACAGGCCGCUUUGAGUUGCCAGGAGCACGACGCCGUGCUGGCCUCCACUGGAGAGCUCCACGCGGCUUGGAAGAUUUUGAGUUUCGACAAGUGCCGCGCCGGCUGGCUGGCGGAUCGCAGCGUCCGCUAUCCCGUCAACAACCCCGGCGCCGAGUGCGUAGCAGGGAGGUCAGGCGUGUACACCGUGUACGCUCGCCCCAACCAGACGGACUUCCCACAACUUGAUGCCAGAUUUGAUGCGUUCUGCUUCAGAGCGGAUUUACUACUUGCAAAUGAAACUGGGCAGAAUGUCACAAAUAUCCAGGAGGCCCUCGUUAACCUCACUUCCAUCGCUGAUUUAAUUAGGACUGUGGUUCCUUCCAUCAUCUCUCCUGUUCCUGUGGAGACGUCGGGCUCUGGCUCCGGCUCAGCAGACUUUGGCUCAGGAUCUGCGAUUGAUGGUCCCUCUCGAGGUUCCUCAGAUGACCUGUCCGGCUCUGGAGACAUGAAUGGAUCUGGAGACAGGUUGAGCUCUGGAGAUCUACCUGGAUCUGGAGACUUAUCUGGAUCUGGAGGCGUGUCUGGAUCUGGAGACUUGUCUGGAUCUGGAGACACAGUCAUCUCUGGAGAUCUAUCUGGAUCUGGAGAAUUAUCUGGAUCUGGAGGCUUGUUUGGAUCUGGAAGCCUGUCUGGAUCUGGAGACACAGUCAUCUCUGGAGAUCUAUCUGGAUCUGGAGAAUUAUCUGGAUCUGGAGACUUGUUUGGAUCUGGAGGCCUGUCUGGAUCUGGAGAAUUAUCUGGAUCUGGAGACUUGUUUGGAUCUGGAGGCCUGUCUGGAUCUGGAGAAUUAACUGGAUCUGGAGGCCUGUCUGGAUCUGGAGAAUUAUCUGGAUCUGGUGACUUAUUUGGAUCUGGAGGCCUGUCUGGAUCUGGAGAAUUAUCUGGAUCUGGAGACUCGGCUGGCAGUGCCAGUGCUGACCUGCACAGUGGAGAAUUAGGUAUCAGCAGCACAGAUUCUUCUGGAUCAGCUCAAAGUGGAGAUGGAUCCGGCAUCACUGUUGUAUUUUCGGGCAUCGACAGCUCUUUCUCUGGAGAGGGCUUGGCUUCAGGUGGACUCCAAGAAGCUGGAGAGGGGAGCACUGGAAUCUUCAUCUUCCAUUCAUCUCAGGUCGGCUCUGGAGAGCUCAGUGGUAGCGGGGACUUGUCCGGUUCUGGAUCCGGCUCCGGUCUGGGCUCCGUUCUGGGCUCCGAGCUAAGCGGCUCAUCCGCAGAUGGCUCUGGAGAAAGUGGACAGUUCUCUGGUUUCAUCACCGACCAGGACUUUUCUGGGUCAAGUGGGUCCUCAUCAGGAUUCUCCUCUGGCAGCGCUAGCGGACACUCGGGAGAGAUUUCUGGAAGCGGGGACGCACAGAUCUUACUGCUCAAUCAUGAACUGAUCGAUGCCUCCACUCGUGUUACCCACAAGGAGCAUGAGCUUGGCGGAGGCCCUCUGGCGUUUAGUGGCUCCGGAGACAUUUCAGGAUCUGGGAUUCUCAGCGGCUCUGGAAGUGGCUCCGGGUUCUUCUCGGGUGUGACCCUUGUUGGGUCGGGGUUCACUGACCUUACAGUAUCAUCCUUUGGAGAGCAGGAGGCCUCCGGGUUUCUACUCUACACCUCUGGACAUGGAAGUGGUGGACAUUUGUCUGGAUUUGGACGCUCAAGUUUCCUCUCCGGGUCUGGAUCGGCAAUGUCUCAGUCGGAAUUGUCUGGAUCGGGAAUGUCUGGAUUGGAAAUGUCUGGAUCAGGACUAUCUGAAUCAGGAAUGUUUGGAUCAGGAAUGUCUGGAUCAGGAACAUCUGGAUCAGGACUAUCUGAAUCAGGAAUGUCUGAUUCUGAGUUCUCAAGUAGAGAAGAAGGAAGUGUUACAUUCAUUACUGGGGAUAUUCUGACGGAGGCAUCUGGAGACACCACACUGUCCAUGGAGCUCGGACGGGGGUCCUUAGAGUACAGCGGAGAAGGAAGCAGUAGCAGCAGAAGCUUCCACUCUGGCAGCGGAGACACACACCGGUUCACAACCAGUGGCUCGGCAGAUUCCUCUGGAGAUGCGCCACACGUGGUGCUGCCCUCUCCAUCCAGUGAUUGGGCAGCAACAGAAAGCACCACGCCGCCAGAGGAGACCCUUAGUGGGGGGGAACUGACGCAGACCCCUGGUGACAUCCAUGGGACUCCCUCCCCUGUGCUCGCCCCGGCAGGACUGGCUGCUCCUCCCACUGCGAGUACACCAGCCUCGGUUCAGACACCAGGCGCUGCUGAAGGAACGGAUUCGGUGGAAGGUGGUUUGAACCCGUGCAACCCGAACCCCUGCGGUGCUGCUUUAUGCACAGUGGAGGAAGGUGUCGCUUUGUGCCCUGAGGUAGACGUGUGCCAUCCCAACCCUUGUGCCAAUGGAGCCACCUGUGUGGAGGGCGCAGACUCUUACAAAUGCUUAUGCCUGCCCAGCUACGGAGGGGAGCGAUGUGAGAUUGAUGAGCAGCGGUGUGAAGACGGCUGGACCAAGUUCCAGGGGAACUGCUACCUGCACUUCUCCGACCGGGAGGUGUGGCUGGACGCCGAGCAGCGCUGCCGGGACCUCGGCGGCCACCUGGUCAGCAUCAUCACGCCAGAGGAGCAAGACUUCGUCAACUCAAACGCACAGGACUACCAGUGGAUCGGGUUGAACGACAAGACCGUAGAUAAUGACUUCCGCUGGACGGACGGGACUCCACUGCAAUUCGAGAACUGGAGGCCGAACCAGCCGGAUAAUUACUUCGACUCUGGAGAGGACUGCGUGGUGAUGAUCUGGCACGAGAGCGGCCAGUGGAACGACGUGCCCUGCAACUACCACCUGCCCUUCACCUGCAAGAAAGGCCCAGUGUCCUGCGGCGCCCCGCCGGAGGUGGAGAACGCCCGCAUGUUUGGCAACAGGAGGGAGGAGUACCCCGUCAACUCCAUCAUCCGGUACCAGUGCGGCCCCGGGUUCACGCAGCGCCGCCCCCCCACGGUGCGCUGCAAGGCCGACGGCCGGUGGGAGGAGCCCCGAGUGCAGUGUACUGACGUGAAAGCCAGACAGAGAAGACAGAGGAGGAGCAGCGAGCUUCCCUGAAAGAAAGAAAGAAGAGGAACAAAUUAUUUAAGAACAUUUGCAGUGACCAGAAUCGUUGGAGCGCGACUUCCUGUUUCCAUCCCCCGUCCCUCAUAAUAUAUUUGAAUCACAUAUGAUACUUGUUUAUUUGCAUCGUGUGGAACUGUAGCGUCAUUUUUGUUUUGUAGAGGUUUUAUUUCUGGGCAGAAGAAGAACACCGCCAUGUGAGUGUGUGUGUGUGUGUGUGUGUGUGUGUAUGUGUGUGUGAGUGUGUGUGUGCGUUGUCUCCGCUUCCUGCAUCCUUGAGGUCAGACGUGUCUUUGUGAAGACGCCUUCGUUCCUCUGAUAACACAUCAUGGAACAACAUCCCCCACAAUCAUCGCAAGAAGAAGCGGGACGCUCCGAGGUUUCAGGAUUAUUGGUACCUGGAUUAUUUCAGUCCUGUGAAGUGGGUUCAACGGAGACACAUUUUGGUUAAAGUAGCCUGACUGCAGCAGACCAGUGGAAGCAGGAACAGCAAGUAGAUUAUCUUUACAUUAGUAACAGCGAUUGGAAAUUAUUACUUGUUUCAAACAGAGACUUUAUGUCCUUUUAUUUAUUGAUUUCACGGACAGAGACUCAUAUCUAGUCUGCAGAGGACAAAGUGCUCCCCCCCCCCCACCGCUCUGUCGCCUCCCCCCCGGACGAUGCUGCGCCGUGCACAGUGUGUCUGUCAGUACGGCUGCCUACAUGUGUGCUCUUGUUUUGUGUUAUUAUUUCUGUAUUUUGGGGGCUGUGCCCGCUUCAUCAUAUUCUAUCUCACUGGCUGCAUAAUAAACCAAAGACACUCAGACACUCAGACACAUGGAGACACACGUGUCCGCUGAGCACAACUCAUGGUGACUUUGUGAAUUCAAAGAAAAACACUGAUUACUUAGUUGGGGUUAAGGGAAAAACAACAGACACAUGAGAGGUCACACAACACAAAAUAGAUGUCAACAUUUCUGCAACAAGGGGAGCGUUCCGUAUUUAAUUGCACAUCACUAGCUCUGAUUGUUGCGUUAAAUGUGAGUCCACUAAAAAAAAAGGUUCCUAAUUGACAAAUAAAAGUCAGGACCGGUGCGCAUGAACGAGAAAGCGGUCGAUUGCAUUUAGUGAAAAGUGUCAUUUUGGGAACGACGCAGUGUUCAGGAAUGAAUUCAGGAAACUGAUACAAAAACGAUAAAUAUGUGAAAUAAGGAAAAAACAUCCUCACGCGGGUGUUUGUACAUCGAACCGGACAAAUUAAACCUCUUUCAUUGAAA